AUGAUACAAGAUAAUUAUUUCAGUUCAGAUAACGAAGAGGAAAUAUUUACCCCCGUUAAAUUUCAUUAUGUAUGGAUCAAAAAUUUAUCGCGUUUAGUUUCAAGCCAGAUAAACAAGAAACAUGGAAAAAAAAUUAUAUGUGACAGGUGUCUUCACUAUUUCUAUGAUGAAGACAAAUUAAAUUUACAUUUAAAAGACUGUAUAAACCAUAAUAGUGGCCCUCUUCCAAAACUUCCACAAAACGAUAAAAAGUGGAUUGAAUUUAUAGAUUUUUCAUUUAAAACUAAAGUUCCUUUCACAAUUUAUGCCGACUCUGAAUGCCUUUUAAUACCCACCGAAGAUAACAAAACUAAAAACACUCAAAAAUACCAAACACAUAUACCGUUUAGCGUAGGAUACUAUGUUAAAUGUGAUUACGAUGAUUCGCUCUCGUUUUAUAAAUCGUACACAGGACCGGACUGUAUUGAAUGGUUUGUUAAAGAACUGUUUGAUUUCGCUGAAAAUGUGGAAACGGUUUUCCUUUGCGAUCUGCCAAUGGAUAUGCUUACUCCUGAACAGACGCGAGCUUUUUUAAAUUCUAAAUUAUGUCAUAUAUGUGAAUCUCCUUUUAAUAGCGAUGAUAAAAAAGUUAGAGAUCACUGCCAUCUAACGGGGAGAUAUCGAGGUGCGGCCCAUGAAAAAUGCAAUUUAAAUUUUCAAGAUAAACAUAUAGUUCCUGUUUUAUUCCACAACUUUAGUUCGUACGACGGACAUCUGCUGAUUAAAGCCCUGGCAGAAGUAGAAGGAUCAAUUGAUGUAUUGCCCGUCAAUAAAGAAAAAUAUAUAUCAGUAACUAAACAUGUGCCCGGAAAUUCAGUUCAAUUUAGGUUUUUGGACAGUUUUCGAUUCAUGGCAUCCAGCCUGGAUACUUUAGCUUCUAAUCUUUCGGAAUAUCCCAUUCUAAAAUCCAUAUUUCCCCACUUAAACGAAGAACACUUUAGUUUGCUCACUCGUAAAGGUACUUUCCCAUAUGAUUUCAUGGAUGGGUGGAAUAAACUAAAUGAAACUCAACUACCUCCUAAACCUGCCUUUUACAAUAAAUUAAAUGAUUCAUAUAUCAAUGAUAAAGAUUAUGCGCAUGCUAAAACAGUUUGGAAUAUUUUUAAUUGUCAAAAUAUGCGUGAUUAUUCAGAACUAUAUAUGAAAGUAGAUAUUUUGUUGUUAGCUGACGUUUUUGAGCAGUUUAGAACCACAUCUCAUAAAACUUAUUGUUUGGAUCCAGCUCACACUUAUACUCUUCCCGGAUACGCUUGGCAAUGUAUGUUAUUUCAAAUGAGGAAAUCUGAUAUUAAAAAACUUGAACUCCUUACAGAUUUGGAUAUGGUACUCUUCAUUGAAAAGGGAAUUCGGGGUGGUCUGAGUCAAUGCUCGAAAAGGUACGCUGAAGCAAACAAUAAGUACAUUCCGUCGUACGAUCCCUCUAAAGACGAAACCUAUCUUAUGUAUUUCGAUAUUAAUAAUCAAUACGGGUGGGCUAUGUCACAAUACCUUCCAUAUGGCGGUUUUAAAUGGCUUAUCGAAAAUGAAAUUUCAAACUUAAAUAUUCAGAAUAUUAGCAAUAAGUCAAAUAAGGGAUAUAUAUUAGAAGUCGACCUGUAUAUUCCAUCCGAGGUGCAUGAUUUCUUUUCUGAUCUACCCCCUUGUCCUGAACAUGAUAUACCUAAAGGCUCUAAAAAUUCCAAAUUAUUAGCCACGUUAUAUGAUAAAAAAGAAUAUGUUGUUCGCUAUAAAAAUUUACAACAAGCAUUAGCUUUAGGUGUUAGAGUAAGAAAAAUUCAUCGUGUUUUAGAAUUUAAUCAAUUUCCCUGGUUAAAAUCCUAUAUUGAUUUAAACACUCGGCUCAGGCAAGCUUCAAAAAAUGAUUUUGAAAAGAAUUUGUUUAAAUUGAUGAACAACGCGGUUUUCGGUAAAACCAUGGAAAAUAUCCGGAAACAUUCUUCUGUUAAACUUAUAACAAUGUGGGAAGGUCGAUACGGGGCGGAAUCGUUAAUUUCGCGGCCUGAAUUUAAAAGCAGCACCAUAAUUAAUGAAAACCUUAUAAUAAUUGAAUUAUCUAAAUCUGAAAUAUAUUUUAAUAAGCCAAUUUAUGUGGGAAUGUGUAUUUUGGAUUUGGCAAAAACCACAAUUUAUGAUUUCCAUUAUAAUUAUAUGAAAAAAACUUUUUCCGAUUGUACCGCUCUUUAUACUGAUACCGAUUCGCUGAUUUAUGAAAUUAAAAAUCAAGACGUCUAUGAUGUAAUGAAACGAGAUUGUUCGCUGUACUUUGACACCAGCGACUACUCUCCAGAUAAUAUUUAUAGUAUUCCUCUAAUAAAUAAAAAAAUUCUCGGUAUGAUGAAGCAUGAAAAUAACGGACGUAUUAUGACCCAUUUUGUUGGCCUUCGAUCUAAAAUGUAUGCAACGAAAUUAUAUUAUACACCUAUGGAGCUAGAACAGAAAGAAAUCGCAUUUGAAAAAAAGGGGGAAGAACAACAAGAAAUUGAAAAUUAUCUGAAAAACAUUGGUUUAACAAAAAAGAUUAAGGGGGUUAAAAAAUCUGUUAUUAAAAAUUGUAUUACAUUUGAUGAUUACGUUGACUGUUUGAAGAGUUGUAAUGAAAAAAUAAUUUUGCAAACGUUAAUACGAUCUAGUAAGCAUAAUAUUUAUACCAUAAAGCAGUCGAAAAUUGGGUUAAGUCCCCAUGACGAUAAGAGACAUCUAAUUAAGGGCUCUGUUCAGACUUUGCCGCAUGGACAUUGCUCCAUAAUGGAUACUUAG